CCUCCCGCAGCGUCCUGCGCGCAUGCGCUUCGCAGCUUCUUUCGCCGCCGCGCCCCCAGCUGCUCUGGUUACAGUUGGUGUUUGCGAAUUCUCUGCGGCGCCUUCUUCGCGGAACUCCACCGUCAGUUCCAUACGCGCGCGCCCGCGUCACGUGGGCCGAGGUUCCGUCGCGGCUGCUGGCCGGCGGCUGAGCCGGGAGAAAGGAGCUGCGGCCACCGUUCGCCCUACCUCUGCGCCUCGGGGCGGGCGCGCCGGUAAAAAUGGCGAAAUGGGGGUAGGCGGCGCUGGACCUGAAGAGAUGGGGCGCGCAGGUGGGGCGGUUGUCAGAGCCCCCUGACGUGGGCGCCGGGCUUUUAUCGGCGAUUUGCUCUGGCGACCUCGGGCCGGCGCCUAAGAGGUCAGACUGCGGAGCCUGCGGGUCGCCAACGGCCCCGCCCAGAGCCGGAGGCAAUGGAUGAACAGAGCGUGGAGAGCAUUGCUGAGGUUUUCCGAUGUUUCAUUUGUAUGGAGAAAUUGCGGGAUGCACGCCUGUGUCCUCAUUGCUCCAAGCUGUGUUGUUUCAGCUGUAUUAGGCGCUGGCUGACAGAGCAGAGAGCUCAAUGUCCUCAUUGCCGUGCUCCACUCCAGCUACGAGAACUAGUAAAUUGUCGUUGGGCAGAAGAAGUAACACAACAGCUUGAUACUCUUCAACUCUGCAGUCUCACCAAACAUGAAGAAAAUGAAAAGGACAAAUGUGAAAAUCACCAUGAAAAACUUAGUGUAUUUUGCUGGACUUGUAAGAAGUGUAUCUGCCAUCAGUGUGCACUUUGGGGAGGAAUGCAUGGCGGACAUACCUUUAAACCUUUGGCAGAAAUUUAUGAGCAACAUGUCACUAAAGUGAAUGAAGAGGUAGCCAAACUUCGUCGGCGUCUCAUGGAACUGAUCAGCUUAGUUCAAGAAGUGGAAAGGAACGUAGAAGCUGUAAGAAAUGCAAAAGAUGAGCGUGUUCGGGAAAUUAGGAAUGCAGUGGAGAUGAUGAUUGCACGGUUAGACACACAGCUGAAGAAUAAGCUUAUAACACUGAUGGGUCAGAAGACAUCUCUAACCCAAGAAACAGAGCUUUUGGAAUCCUUACUUCAGGAGGUGGAGCACCAGUUGCGGUCUUGUAGUAAGAGUGAGUUGAUAUCUAAGAGCUCAGAGAUCCUUAUGAUGUUUCAGCAAGUUCAUCGGAAGCCCAUGGCAUCUUUUGUUACCACUCCUGUUCCACCAGACUUUACCAGUGAAUUAGUGCCAUCUUACGAUUCAGCUACUUUUGUUUUAGAGAAUUUCAGCACUUUGCGUCAGAGAGCAGAUCCUGUUUACAGUCCACCUCUUCAAGUUUCAGGACUUUGCUGGAGGUUAAAAGUUUACCCAGAUGGAAAUGGAGUUGUGCGAGGUUACUACUUAUCUGUGUUUCUGGAGCUCUCAGCUGGCUUGCCUGAAACUUCUAAAUAUGAAUAUCGUGUAGAGAUGGUUCACCAGUCCUGUAAUGAUCCUACAAAAAAUAUCAUUCGAGAAUUUGCAUCUGACUUUGAAGUUGGAGAAUGCUGGGGCUAUAAUAGAUUUUUCCGUUUGGACUUACUUGCAAAUGAAGGAUACUUGAAUCCACAAAAUGAUACAGUGAUUUUAAGAUUUCAGGUACGUUCACCAACUUUCUUUCAAAAAUCCCGGGACCAGCAUUGGUACAUUACUCAGUUGGAAGCUGCACAGACUAGUUAUAUCCAACAAAUAAACAACCUUAAAGAGAGACUUACUAUUGAGCUGUCUCGAACUCAGAAGUCAAGAGAUUUGUCACCACCAGAUAACCAUCUUAGCCCCCAAAAUGAUGAUGCUCUGGAGACACGAGCUAAGAAGUCUGCAUGCUCUGACAUGCUUCUCGAAGGUGGUCCUACUACAGCUUCUGUAAGAGAGGCCAAAGAGGAUGAAGAAGAUGAGGAGAAGAUUCAGAAUGAAGAUUAUCAUCACGAGCUUUCAGAUGGAGAUCUGGAUCUGGAUCUUGUUUAUGAGGAUGAAGUAAAUCAGCUCGAUGGCAGCAGUUCCUCUGCUAGUUCCACAGCAACAAGUAAUACAGAAGAAAAUGAUAUUGAUGAAGAAACUAUGUCUGGAGAAAAUGAUGUGGAAUAUAACAACAUGGAAUUAGAAGAGGGAGAACUCAUGGAAGAUGCAGCUGCUGCAGGACCCGCAGGUAGUAGCCAUGGUUAUGUGGCUUCCAGUAGUAGAAUAUCAAGAAGAACACAUUUAUGCUCCGCUGCUACCAGUAGUUUACUAGACAUUGAUCCAUUAAUUUUAAUACAUUUGUUGGACCUUAAGGACCGGAGCAGUAUAGAAAAUUUGUGGGGCUUACAGCCUCGCCCACCUGCUUCACUUCUGCAGCCCACAGCAUCAUAUUCUCGAAAAGAUAAAGACCAAAGGAAGCAACAGGCAAUGUGGCGAGUGCCCUCUGAUUUAAAGAUGCUAAAAAGACUCAAAACUCAAAUGGCCGAAGUUCGAUGUAUGAAAACUGAUGUAAAGAAUACACUUUCAGAAAUAAAAAGCAGCAGUGCUGCUUCUGGAGACAUGCAGACAAGCCUUUUUUCUGCUGACCAGGCAGCUCUGGCUGCAUGUGGAACUGAAAACUCUGGCAGAUUGCAGGAUUUGGGAAUGGAACUCCUGGCAAAGUCAUCAGUUGCCAAUUGUUACAUACGAAACUCCACAAAUAAGAAGAGUAAUUCACCCAAGCCAGCUCGAUCCAGUGUAGCAGGUAGUCUAUCACUUCGAAGAGCAGUGGACCCUGGAGAAAAUAGUCGUUCCAAGGGAGACUGUCAGACUCUGUCUGAAGGCUCCCCAGGAAGCUCUCAGUCUGGGAGCAGGCACAGUUCUCCCCGAGCCUUGAUACAUGGCAGUAUCGGUGAUAUUCUGCCAAAAACUGAAGACCGGCAGUGUAAAGCUUUGGAUUCAGAUGCUGUUGUGGUUGCAGUUUUCAGUGGCUUGCCUGCUGUUGAGAAAAGGAGGAAAAUGGUCACCUUGGGGGCUAAUGCUAAAGGAGGUCAUCUGGAAGGACUGCAGAUGACUGAUUUGGAAAAUAAUUCUGAAACUGGAGAGUUACAGCCUGUACUACCUGAAGGAGCUUCAGCUGCCCCUGAAGAAGAAACAUGUUCUCCUUCCUUCCCGCCAGGAAUGAGUAGCGACAGUGACAUUGAAUGUGACACUGAGAAUGAGGAGCAGGAAGAGCAUACCAGUGUGGGCGGGUUUCACGACUCCUUCAUGGUCAUGACACAGCCCCCGGAUGAAGAUACACAUUCCAGUUUUCCUGAUGGUGAACAAAUAGGCCCUGAAGAUCUCAGCUUCAAUACAGAUGAAAAUAGUGGAAGGCAACUGCCCCUCUCCAUUUGGUGCCAUUUGGUUACUCUGCAACCUCAGCUUUCCAAUGGAUUCGAAAAAAUGUCCUAAUUUAUAGUUCAUCUGGCUCGUUUGCAUUGUAAGAGUAGAAGAAAUGCUCCUUCUACCCCUACAUCCCGGAGUGGAAGCUGGAAGUGCUGUGAUUUAAAAAUGUAUAUAUGUAAAAUACACAUUUUAUUGAAUGUAAAACAUGAGUGUAAUUAAUCCUAAAACCAGAAUUCAGAAAAUGAGCCAUUUUUAAUUUUUUUAUCUAAUUUUUUUAAUGUUUGAAUUAUAAAGGUGAUAAGAUUAGAAAAAUUUGGGAAAUAGAAAACCCCAAGAGCUAUUUUCUUUUUUGCAUAUUCAUUUGAAUUUUUAUGUGGUAAUAUUUUUAGAUUUCUCCUCAUUCUGCCUCUCAUUCUCACAUCUACCAAUACAUGCCUUCAUAGUCUAGAUUUAUAGAAGUUUUAGAACUCUGCUUAGGGAUGCUUAAGAGCAAAUGGUAAGAUUAGCCACAGUGUAGUUUGGGGCAUCAGUAGUAUGGGCUGCUCUCUUUCUAAAAUCCUUUUCUCUGGCUGGCAUGUUGACUGGGAGUCUCCCUUCCAUUCCUGCUCUGCAGACCCUGCUGGCCAGAGUCCUUGCCCGAGACCUUCAGGUCAGUCAGUGUCUCCUGGUGUGCAUUUGGGAAAGGCUGCUGCAUAGGCUCACCUCCCACUGGGUUUCAUUUGACCUAGUGAGCCCGUAGCAACUCGAUUUGGCUUAAUUGGCCACCCCUAAUCCUGUAGCUGUCAUACUACUCAAUGUAAUGACUAGCAGGGACAACUUUUUCAUCAUCUUUAGUUAAACUCCAGUUACUCAUUUGGAAAAUGGUUUCCCCAAAUGUGUAUCAUUCUUGACAGUUUUUCACAUUUGUUUCCCUGGUCCUAAAGCAAGAUUAUAAAAAUCAAAUAGAACCUGUGUGAGGUCCCUUGUUUGCACAAUGAGGAGAGGACACACUUCAUCUGGAGGUUGCGUGGCUGGGGCAGCAUCCUACAGCUCAGCAUAAGAGGCAGGCUCAACCAACUGCCCAGGGAAGAGCGCUUCUUACUAAACAAACAUAUUCAACAGUUGGGGCUCUCAGAAAAGAAUGUGACUUGUUUUAAAUGUAAAUAAGGGAUCUUCCAUAAGGUUAUUCCUAGGCCAAGCAAAAGGAGGUUCCCUAAAGCACAAUAGAAAAAGUGUUCUUUACUAAUUGCUGUUAAGAUGACAGAUGGGGCCGGGCGUGGUGUCUCACACCUGUAAAUCCCAGCACUUGGGGAGGCCAAGGCAGGCAGAUCACUUGAGGUCAGGUGUUCAAGACCAGUCUGGCCAACAUGGCAAAACCCCGUCUCUACUAAAAACACAAAAGCCAGGCGUGGUGGCCGACGCCUGUAAUCCCAGCAUCCUGGGAGGCUGAGGCACAAGAAUUGCUUGAACCUGGGAGGCAGAGGUUGCAGUGAGCCGAGAUUGCACCACUGCACUCCAGCCAGGGUGACACAGCAGGACUCUUGUCUCAAAAAAGAAAAAAAAAAAAAGACAGAUGGAA